AUGUCGUCGAAGUAUCGCUUGACUGUUCAGAAGCACUACUCUCGUGAUAUUGUCCGACUCGGCAUGUCCGUCGUUACUGAAAUUGUACCACAAGACAAGGGGGAGAUUGAUCUGGUCAAACAAUCGCCGGGAGGGGAUCUCAGUGAUAUCAAACAUCACCAAGGCGAGCUACACGAAGCAAAGCUGGUGUCCCUGUCCGAAUAUAAAGGCGUCAUUCAGACCAUGAGGGAGGACACGAAGGCAAUGUUGACUGUUGUUGUGGCCUUGAUCCACGCCUUUAUCCUCGGCACCGACACCUCAAUCAUAGGAGCACUCGUCGGCUCGCAAUCCUUCUGCAAGAUGAUGGGUGAAGGCUAUCAGACGUCCCCUGGAGUAUACGCGGUCCACGCCAAGACGCUGGAACGCGGUCGCCUGCCCCCGCAAGUCCUUGGCCAGCUAACAGUCGGACCUCUGGCAGACUACUUUGGGCGCCGAAACAUGGUUUUUAUCAAAAUCGCGGUUAUGCUCCUGGGAGUGGUCAUCGAAAUCACAGCUCCGAACCGGAAAGUCUUCACUGUCGCCGAGUUCAUCAUGCCGUACACCGCAGCUCUUCUGCAGUCCACCGCACCUCUACUGGUUUCCGAGCUCUCCCCUCGCUGCGUGAGAGGUAUCAUGAUGAGCGCGUAUCCUACCAUUGCGUAUCGUGUGCCGCUCAUCGUUUCGGCCGUACUCCCCGCUAUCGUUCUUGUGAUCCAAAUCCUGGCCUUGCCGGAGAGUCCAACGUGGUCCAUAAUGCACGGCAAACCGCAGCAAGCGAGGAAAACUAUCAAGUACAUGUCCCCCAAGCGGUCAGAGGCAGAGAGGGAACUCCUGUUCGCAAAAUACGAGUACACUCUUGGCAAGGAAGCCGGCCUUCAAGAGAUGGGCAAGACCGCCUCGUUUGGGGACUGCUUCCGUGAAACUGACCUCAGGAGGACCUUCUUGCGCAUUCUUCCCGGCGAAGACUUCGUCGAUGAUGGGCAAUUCGAUCGUUGGACCCCAGGCGACUUACUUCGGCUUCUCUUUGCCGGCCAAGCCUCGAUGACGGCGGCGAUGUUCGGCAUUGGAAUCACUGCGACUGCUUUUCCCUCUCCGUAUCUCCAAGUCGCUGGUAACCUCAUGCUCGCAUUCCUUUGUCUGGGUCUCCCCGGUGCGCAAUACGGGCCGAGUGGCUGCGGCUGGACGUGCAUCGGUACUUCGUAUAUUGUCGCGAUCCCUUACAUGCUUACCACAUCCUCCUUUGGCAUCAAGGGGUCGGCAUUCUGACGAUCAUACGCUCAGAUCGAUGAGAUGUUUGUCUACAGGGUUUCCGCACGCGAGUUCAGACCUUAUGAAUGCACUGGCGACUACGACCGAGACAUUAUUGGGGAGAUCGAGGGAAGUGCAGUGGCCGUCAUUUCGAUGUGA